AUGGACCAACGACAGCCUUACCAGCAUGGACGCGACACCUCUCUUCCAGAAGAGCAGGUGAAGGGGCGCCGCCGCAACCCUGAAUACACACGUUCUUUCCUCGGCCUCCCUUCAAUUCUGGAGCGAGAAGAUACUGAUCAUCAAACUUCAUGCCUCAAGGCUCAGCUCCAACAACUACUGACAGCGAGCGUCUCCAACAACACUGGGACUACGACAGCAAAUGAGUUGGACCUUGACGAAAAGCGCGACAUUUCGAGCCCCUUCGAUGUACGAGUCAAUACAGUGAUGAUCCCCAUCGAUGGCACCCCGCGUAGACAGGAUACGCAGUAUGCGACAUCUACAACAGAGUCCCAGACAAUCCCAACACAUCCCUUGAACGGCAUUUCCCAAGUGCAAAUGGCCAACGCUGCACCCCAUCUCUCACCAGAUUCUCAACCAGAGGCCGGCUCGCCCAAAGAAAACUGCGUUCGGAGACCGACUUCGCAGGACUUGACCACGGUCGUGCCACCGACCCAGCAGCCUGACGGUGCGCAUUCUGUAGACCAAGAAGAAAAGCCAAGAUUAUCUCACGCCCACCGAGAGGAAGUUGAGCACGGCGUGUCCCCAUCACAAGACCAUGGCAGGUUGCACUCAAUACUUUCGUCACCACUGACGCACCCAAACGGAGUAUCAAUGUUCCCUCAUCUGUCGACACCAGAGCAGGAACUUCUGUCUCAGGAGGCUCUGACACAGGCCGAAGAAUCGAUCAUUGCAGAAAAUUUAACCGGUAGCGACGUCGCAGAUGGCGAGUCAGACGGAGGCUAUGAUAGCGAAGGAUUCAGCUCGGGCAGUACAUCGGCAGAGUCUUCGGUACGAGACUACAUGUUCGAGAAUGGGCGACGGUAUCACCGAUUCAGAGAGGGCACCUAUAACUUCCCAAACGAUGACGUUGAGCAGGAGCGGGAAGAUAUGAAACACGCAAUGGUCAAGUUGCUAUGCAGCCAGAAGCUACAUUUCGCCCCCAUCGGCAACAAUCCGCAAGAGGUAUUGGAUCUGGGAACUGGCACAGGGAUCUGGGCUAUAGAGAUGGGUGAUCAAUUUCCAAGUGCGCACAUCCUUGGCAUCGACUUGUCACCGAUUCAACCAGAUUGGCUGCCACCCAACGUCCGCUUCAUGGUCGACGAUAUGGAGUCGCCUUGGCUGCAUCCGAGGAACCAUUUCGACUACAUCCACUCCCGUCACACGGUCAUGGCAAUAAAGCAGUGGGACCGUUUAUACAGAAGAGCCUUUGAGCAUGUGAAACCAGGCGGAUGGAUGGAAAUGCAAGAGAUUCACCACCGACCUCGUAGCGCCGGUCCGGACGGAACUGUACCAGCCGACCACCCGGUUGCCAGGUUCUGGACAUUGGUCACGGAGGGCUUAGCCGCUUUGGGUGUAAAUCUGGAUAUAUCUUCUGGUGGAGUCCUUGCGGGGAAGAUGCAAGAGGCCGGCUUCACGAAUGUUACUGAGCGAGUUUUCCACGUCCCCAUUGGCACCUGGCCGAAGAACAAAGUUCUCAAGACGGUGGGAUUGUAUUGGCGUACGAUCUUACUGGACGGUUUACAGGCCAUUGCUUUGGGGCCCCUUACUCGUGGUCUGCACUGGACCCGGGAUGAGGUGGAACUAUUCCUAAUGGAUGUAAGACGAGCAUAUCAUGACAACUCUGCUCUCAUGUACAUGCCUCUACAUAUCAUUUACGCACAAAAGCCGAUGACGGCCUAUUAA